UUCAGCCCACUCUUUUUCCAGCAAUCUCUCAAAACUAACGGUUUAGACAUUAGGUGGAAAAAGCUCGCUCACCUCGCACAUGCGUGUGUGUGUAUAUGUGUGUGUGUGAUUAUAUUUAUGUAGAUGUGUUUGUGUGUGGUGUGUGUUUGGUUUGAAUGCUGUGCCAGCAAGUGCGUGUCUGUGUAUGUGUGUUGGAUUUUUUAGCAUCCUGUAGCAAGUUCUUCAGUCAAGGAUAACAGUCGUAAAAGUACAACAAUUGCGAUUGAAGUGAAAGUUCAGUUCGGUUCGGUGCAGCUCAGUUUAGUUUGGCUUAAUUGAAAAUUGAAAAAGAAAAAAAGUAAAUAGCGAAAAGCAAAGCAAAGCUUAUGUACUUGUUUCUUCAGCAAGUGGCAUGCUAAUCAACAUUUUCAACAGCUUCUGGGCCAGCCAUAAUUGAAAACAACAAUAGCCUUUCCUACACAUCCCAUCUGUGAAUCAUUUGGCGCAACAGUAUCUAGUUGGUGGUUCUGUAUGAAGACAAUGUUUCAAUAGAGAUGGCCAAACUUUCACGACGUGCUCCGUCGUCUGUAACAACGCCGUCAACAGCAACAGCAACAACUGCAACUGCAGCAACAACCACGACAACAACAGCAACAGCAACUUCAACAGUUAGUCAUGGUCGCGGCGCAAAUCAACAACAGGCACAACAACUGCAACGCAUCCCCCGUGCAUCCAACAACAACAAUAAUAACCAUAAAAAUCCUCAAUUGGCCAAUUUUGUUGAUCCCGACGCAAGUGUUGCCCAUGAGUUGUCGGCAUCGUCGUCGUCUACAGCAGCAAUUGCAUCACCGGCAUCGCCGGCGUACUCCAAUUACAACAACAACAAUCAGAACACUGCCUCACCUGCAAUCUCACAUGUUCCCCACUCGGGCACGCCCUAUAUGCCCCUGUUGCCCCCUGGGGAACGUAAUCUGACCGAUGCGGAAAAUGCAGCGGAAAGAGCACGCAUACGGGAGGAGUUCUUUGCAACGUAUGACGUGAUGACAGGAGUCCGGAUUGCGGCCACGUUGGGUGGUUUCUUUGGGCUCAUGGUUUUUCUCAUCGUAUGGAAGAGUCGCAGCAGCAGCAACGAGACGCUCAAGGUGCUCAAAGAUCCUAAAAUGGCAGCAGUUGCUGCGGUUUGCAUGCAGGAGGAGGAGGAACGGGAAUUGCAGGAGGCAAUUGUUGCUACGGGCAUGUCCAUCUACCCGGAUGAGUAUGAUGCACUCGUCUAUCGACGCCAGCGCAUGCUCUCCCUGGGCAAUGUGAGUGCUCCGCCGCUGCUCAAUCGUGGCUAUCGCUGCGCCUCCGUGGGUGGUGUUGGUGUGCCUGGCCCAGUUGGUUAUAGUUAUCUGUUGGAGCCGCCGCGUCGCUUUUCCUAUUCGGCCAUGUCGGCGGGCGGCGGAGCCCCAGGUGCGCCAGGAAGACGUAAGAGCGGCUCGGAAUCGUCGCGUAUCUUUAGCAACUAUCCAAUGGGCGGCAGCUUUGGCACGGACGAUUACUUUAUGGAGACGGAUGAUGAGCUGGAGCACGAGGAGUAUAUGCAACAGGAUGCACAGGACGAAAGGGAGCAACUGCACCAACGCACAGAUUCCACACGCAGCAAACAGGGAUUUCUGUCCGUGCCAAUGGCGGGACACGAUUCAAGGCGUAGCAGCGCCAUGACGUGCUGCAGCACGGAUAGCUCCUACCUGGAGCGUCGCACCUCCGCCUAUACGCUGGGUAUGAGCAACUUGCCUCCGACGCUGCAGCGGAAACUGUCGACGGCCUCGCGCACAUCGAGCAUCGAGAACUGGGAUUACUAUUAUCCAGAUAUUCAGGUGAUACAGCCAACGCCCAAAGCCUCGCCUUGUCCCUCGGAGCGUAGUAUCCAUGAGCCAACUCCGAAGACAUCUUCCUUGGGAUUGAGUGGGCCCAGCAUUAAGAGGAAGCACAGCAUUGUCUCGUAUGAUCCGGAGAGUGCACAGGCUGGACGCAAGCAGCAGAUUCAUUCGAUCAGUGCGGAUACGGUGGACGUGUAUCCUUACAAUCAAACCACACUCGCGGAGAAUGUAGAUCUUGGUUUGCCGCUGGGUAAACCCGUGCAAUCGGCUCCGCCCACAAGCCAUCACCAGCAGGCCUUUCAUUUCUGUGACUCGCCGUCGGAGGAGCUGCGUCUGGGCGUGCGCCGGAAGCUGACGCUCGUCGAGCUGCAACGGAAUGUGGAGAGUAACAACAAUAGUUUUCCGUAUACGGCGAAUGCUGCUGCGCCGGGUACGGCAACUGCCACAUCCAGCAGUAUUAGUGUGGACAGCACACCCGUGAGUCUGGACAGGCUGAACGGGAGCACCAGUCUGGGCACCGUCUCCGCCAAGGCGCCACCUUACGUGCCGGUGACUGAUGGCAAACGUGCUCCACUUGCCUCGCUAAGUUCCUUUAAGAUAUCCUCGCUGGAGUGCCAGGAUUCGGAUUUGCGUUCCCUGGACGAGGAUUCGGUGUUUGGGCUGGAGGAGAGUGCCGCCGAUACGGAUGACGAUAUGCAGCAGCUGAGCAGCGACAGCGAGGAGCAGAAUCUAGCACUGGCAGCGGCUCAAAUGGUGCAACCGCCACCCGUGCCGCAAUCCUUUGCCAAGCCCCUCGUGAUGCCCAUCAAGCGGAUGAGUCUAAGUGCUGUGCCCAUGACGACGGGCGCCAGGCCACGACGUCCAUUGCUGCAGCGUCACCGCACGAUCAGCGCUUCCUCCAGCGACCGAGCUGCGGUGCCGCCUCCGCUGGAGACGCACUUUGGUGCCGUGAUCUGCAGUCCGCCGCAGCGUCGGUCGCAACUAUUGCAACAACACAGCGAUCCACAGACGACAACGACAACAACAACGACAACCACCACGACCACAGAGGAGGACACGUGCUCCACGCUCAACACAGAACUGGGACUGUUGGAUGCUGUGACAGCAACUGGAACAAGUCCCUCGGGUGAAGCAGGUGAAUCGGCAACGCAUACACAAUAUAGUAGCCUCAAUACGGUCAUCAGUGUGGGUCACUCCAGUCCAAGUCCACAAACGGACAAAAAUUUCGUGUGUUCCAGUGGCACGGCCACAAAUGUAGCUAUCUGUCAAGGAUUGGCUGGAUUGGAAGUGGGAGGGGGAGUGAAAACGACUGCUCCAAAUUCAGCACAACUGCCAUCUAACAACAGUAGACUGGGCCACGAUCCGUGCGCCUCCUCCAUAUCGGACUCGGUGAUAGCCACGCGACCGCAAACCAUUUGCAUGCCCUCCUCCCUCAAGGAUCUGAUCCUGCGCGGCGGCAGUGCCAGCAAAAGUGCCCACAAUCUGAGCCUGCAUCACAAUGAGACGACAGCGACGCCAGCUGUGAUGCUCGAGCUGCCUUUGAUAAGGCUACCCACAGAUGAUGAUGAUAACGACGAAGAUGAUGAUGCUGAUAAUGAGGUUGGCAAUGAGAAUGGCAAUAAUGAGAAUAGCUUGGAGGAUCGGGAUCCCAGUUUGCCCGGCACUUCCAGAAAGUGGUCGAAAGAGACGCUAUUCUAGCCCAGUUUGUUGCCGCUGCUGCAAAACGUGCAGUUCCAUUCAAGAGCUUAACAACUGACUUUCAGGGUAGUCACCAGGAUUGCCACUACUACAGCUAUGAAAACGAGGUCUAUAAUUAUUUAGCUACAAAUUGCUCAUUUAUUAAAAGACUGUCUUAACUAAAAAA